AAAAAAGACGUACUUAUUUAGGGUCUGCACGCAUCCCACGCAAAGUUUUAGGCAACAUUUUUUUCUAGUAUGUCAAACAUUUAGUGGGUUAAUAUUUGUUGUUAAUGAGUGUCCCUUGUUGCAAAUGUUCAUCUCACUUGUGAAAAUGAUGAAGCCAAGACUCGCUGCUUCAAUUUAUGCUCUAAUGACAGGUGAAUGUGCCGGAAUCUACAAAGCCAUUAAACCAGAAUCUCAAACAAUCAACGGUUUAGGUCGAAGCUGUAGCAGCUUCCAGUUCCAAAGGUUUAAGAGCUCAGAGGGUUUACUAUUUAAAGUCCAUGAUGAUGAUAAUGACUUCUCAGACCUGGGUCCUCCAGUAGAAAGAGCUAUUGGGCAGCUGAAGUUAGUGACGGAGAAGACUGAUCAUUUUCGGAAACUUGAUAAUGGUAGAAAAGUAUCAUCUCACAAGUCUCGUAGCGAAAGCAAGCAACACAUAAAUAGUAGAAUCUUAACUCUUGUUAAACCUCGUCAAAGUGAGGCUGGUAAUGGUGAUGAUGCUUCUGGAUCGACAUAUACAGCUUCAGAUGCUGCUAAUAUGAAUGGUCGGAGGUCAAUCUCAGUUGGAAAUGUACCUUCUACCAUCACACCUUCUCAGCUUGUAGAAGCAGUUUCAGUCUUCGGAAAGGUCUGCACUGCUUCAAUCAGGCAUCUGUCUGAUGGGCUUAACUGUUGGGACAUCCAAUUCGAGAGCUUAGAAUCCUGCAACAGAGCAAUUAGAGCCGAUGCGCUAACUGUUGGGAGUUAUCGUCUUCCAAUCCAACCUCUGCGGACUUCUAUGGUUGUUACUAUCAGGAUUGAGGACAUUCCGAAAGAUGCUUCCUUCGGUGAGAUACACUCAAUCUGUAAAUCAGUUGGCACGACUGAAGGGUUGGCAUGGGUAAGCAAGGAUGGUGUAGAUGCCUUAUUUACAGUUGAGAAUGACACAGAAUCGGAAUCGAUCCUCAAAAAGUUGAAUGGUACUAUCGUUGGAGGUCAUUGCCUAUCAGCUUUUUUACUACCUAGCAACUCAUCAUCUGCUUCCAUGUCUGAAAAUGAGGAUGCUCGGCGCAAGAUGGCUUUACAAAUUAACAGCUACUUGACAGAACUCAAAAGGCAACUUGGGAAAAAGGAGGAGGAAUUUCCGGUGCUGAAAGUACAGAUGGAGGAUCUUCAGAUGCUGCAUGAGGGGAUAAUGCACCUUGAAGAUCUGCCUUCUAUCAUUGAUAAAUCUGACAUUUGAUUCUUGAUUGUCAAAACAUCUUCUCUAUUCAAGAAGUUCACUUGCUAACAACAGUCACUCUCUUCAAGCCUCUUCGUCUCCCCUUCCCACAAACCCUCAUGGGCCUCCUCCUUGCCAUUGCUUUUAGCUGCUGAAAUGAACCUUUUGCAGCCUGUCCCAUCUUGUAAAGGAUUGGCUGCCCUAAGUUUAGCACCAUCAUAUAUGCAAUAUUGGUGCUGACGGCAUCGAAAUACUCAAGGGGCUUUUUGCAAAUUAUCCCUAUAUGAAAUGUUAGUUGAAUUUUCCCUUA